GGAAAGACCGGUAACGCUUAGACUUUCCGAGGUCCCUUGGACACUGCGCGUUCAGCCUGCGCCUCAGCUUUCUGGCCUUGGUUUACGUAGCAUCUUACGAGACUUGGCCUUCAUAUACAGCAUGCCGCCCAUUCCGUGAUAUCCUAGCCCUCCAAUUCCACCAUAGACCACUCCACGCACUAGACUGUCCAAUCUUUCUCGAUCAACUGUCCCUGCAACUGCGACGUUCCUAUACAUUUCCUAGACCGAGUACCUCCAGGGCUCAACAAUUUCCACCAUGGGCUCCCUCCACGAUUCCCGCAUACACAAGUGGCUCGCAACCUCGCCGCCGGUCGCAUGGACAAUACGACAGCUGAGAGAGAUUCUCAUCGGCUCUCUCAAGCAGGGACCGAUUCCCCAGCAUGUUGCGUUCGUCAUGGACGGUAACAGGCGGUUUGCGCGAAACCACCACAUUGAGACCGUAGAAGGGCACAACAUGGGCUUUGAGUCCUUAGCAAGGAUAUUAGAAGUCUGCUACAAGACAGGUGUGACGGUUGUCACAAUCUACGCCUUCAGUAUUGAGAACUUCAAGCGCUCAAAACACGAAGUCGAUGCUCUGAUGUCCAUGGCCAAGGUCAAGCUCGAGCAGCUGUCUGAGCAUGGUGCUCUUCUCGAUCGAUACGGAGCAUCCGUCAGGGUAUUGGGCCAACGAGAUCUGAUCAAGCCUGACGUCCUCAAGGCGGUCGACAAAGCCGUGUCUUUGACUGCGCAUAACAAGAAGGCUAUCCUAAAUAUCUGCUUUCCAUACACCUCCCGAGACGAGAUUACGACCGCAGUCAUGAAGACUGUCGAGACCUACAGCACACCGAUUCAUAACCUCCAGAGCCCUUCGAAACGUACAUUCUCCGAAUCAGGCAUCACACAGCACAUCCGCAAGCAAUCUCUCAAGGAUGAUUCAGAAGGCGGGGCUGAGCAGCGCGAAUCUCGGUCGUCUUCACCAUCAAAAGAGGGCAAGCACGACGACGAGCGGUCUUUGUCAUCGUCGACGGCGAUCAACCCGUCGGAGAAAGAUGAAUCGCAUCUUCACCAGUUCCUGGAUCCUGAGGCAAUCACCGCUCAAACCCUGACGGACAACAUGAUGACAGCGGAUGCCCCACCACUUGACUUGCUAGUGCGCACGUCCGGUGUGGAGCGAUUGAGCGACUUCAUGCUAUGGCAAUGUCACGAGAACACAUCGAUUGUGUUCCUGAAGUGCUUGUGGCCAGAAUUCGACUUGUGGCACUUUCUGCCGGUGCUGGUGGAAUGGCAAUGGCAGCAGAAGAAGAUACAGGAGGCCGCAGCACAACAACAGAGAAGUCGUGGGCGGUCCAAGUCGGACUAGUACCACCUUCAGGUAGCUACGACACAUGGAGAGGCAGAUGAAGUGCAGCGAUCAAGAUGCAUCGACGAUACCCCAGAAGCAAGCGAGCUUAUUCAUAGUGGAAUGCAAGAUUUUGGCAAAUCAGAAUGCGCAACAACCGAGUUCAUAGUCCAGACUCGACUCCCAACCGUUUGGAGACUACAGUAGCUCGCACGCGAGUGUAGGCAGAUGACACGCGGCAGGGUCCUUAUCUUUUCCUGACGUUUGCGUUCCUACACCGCCGUAGAACCAAUCCCCGUUAUUCGCGCUACGGCAGGGUAGACCACGA